AUGGCCCAUGCUGAGAAAGGAAAUCACACUUCCAUCUCCAAAUUCAUCUUGUUAGGAUUUGAAAAUCUCCAUAGCUUACGUUUCCUGCUCUUUGGAAUAAUUUUGGCUGUCUACCUAGUGACCAUGAUGGGAAACGUCCUCAUCAUCACUGUGGUAUUUUCCAGUCGUCAACUGCAGACCCCCAUGUACUAUUUCCUCAGCAACUUCUCCUUCCUAGAGAUCUGCUACACAGCCUCAGUGGUCCCUAAAAUGCUCAAGACUGUGUUGUCAGGCCAUGAAACCAUCUCCUUCGCUGGGUGUGUGACCCAGUUUUAUUUCUUUGGCUCCAUGGCUGCGACAGAGUGUUUCCUUUUGGCUUCCAUGUCCUAUGAUCGCUAUCUGGCCAUCUGCAACCCACUCCGAUACCCAACUCUGAUGACCUUCCAUGUUUGCAUCCAACUGGCUUUUGGUUCUUGGAUAAUGGGUUUCAUGGCUCCCAUUAUCUCAGUGUCUUUAACUUUCAGGCUUCCAUUCUGUACAGCCAAUGAGAUUAAUCACUUCUUCUGUGACCUCAACCCUAUCAUCAAACUGGCUUGCACUGAUACCCACAUGGUUGAAAUGACUAUCUUCAUUACCAUGUACCUUGUGGUGGUGGGACCUUUUACAUGGACAGUAAUAUCAUACUCCCAGAUUGUUCGCACCAUCCUGAAGAUCUCCUCCAUGACAGGGAGGAAGAAAGCCUUCUCCACCUGCUCAUCCCACCUCACAGUGGUUACUCUGUAUUAUGGAACACUGGGUGUUGUGUAUGGGAGUCCUUCAUCCAACCUGUCAGCAGAUAUGAAUAAACUUUUCUCAAUGUUAUAUACAGUGUUCACCCCGAUGCUCAACCCCAUUAUUUAUACACUGAGGAACAAGGAUGUGAAGGCAGCCUUGAGAAAACUGAUCCAGUGA